AUGUCGAGCCUCAAAGAUAUCAUGGAUGUCGACGUUAAGCUAUUGGAAUCCCAGGCCUACAGAAGGCCCAGGGAAGCCACCCCACAACAAGACUCCCUUCCUCUUACCACUCCAUCAACCGAGACACCCCCAACUACUGUCGAUAUCAACACAGGCCAGACUCCUCUCAAGCGGCGCAUAUCCAAUCGAGUCUCCAAACCAUCUAGCCAACCUACAGCAGUCCGUCAAGGUAUAAAACGACGGCGUAGCAGUCCUACCGGGGAAUAUAUGGACUUCAAUUCAGGUUUUCAAGCAGGGUGUUCAAGCCAGACGAGCAACUCGAGGGGUCCCAGGCUGUCCUCGAGUGGCCCAGAACUCGCGGCUGACAUGCCUGUCAAAUACACACCAGUCACGGGACGUAUCAGCAAGGCAAAGAAGGGUGUACCAGUCCAUACAUGUGACAUGUGUAGACCAGUCAAGAAAUUCACUAGAGCCGAGCACCUGAGACGCCAUCAACUAAGCCACCAAAAACCUGCAUAUACUUGCACUUUUGAAGAUUGCGAGCGAGCUUUCCAUCGACCAGACUUAUUAGCCCGCCACUUACACCGGCACGAGACGCGAGGGGAAAAGCUCUAUAUAUCAGGAGAUUUACGGACUAGUAGGGCAUCCUCAACCGAUACUGAGAGUAGGACUCCAGACCUGAAGGUGAAAAGACUAGCUCCAGGAAGCCUUGAACACGCGGUGCAGACUUCCCCUACUGACUCCCUGGCCCCGAGGACCGGCAGAAGCGGCGAAAGCUCCACGACCGCUGCAAGCUUCAGCACCAUUACGGACAGCUUUCAAGCAGUAAAUUUCUCUCCAGGCUCUGGACACAAGAGAUUUGCGAGCCAAGCUCAGCUUCUAGAUUCGGAAUCUUACCCAGUUUCUUCACCCGCACUGAGUACCAGCGGCUCAUUUGGCAACUUCGCUAGCGACGUCGUCCACCCAACCUUCGGCGAAGGAUUCGGAGAAGCAAGUUCUUCACAGUUUUCAAACUACACUACUGCCCCACAACAACCACUCCUCCCGCUCCUCCAGAUCCCAGAAGAUAGCUGGUUGCCCGGUUUAUUGUACAACAACUCUCCAUGGUGCUCCUCUGCAUCUGACAGUACCUACUCAACCCAGUCAGACUGCUCCCGAAUCGAUCCACACCUGGUUCCAAGAGACCGGUCUCAAUCAGUAUCGACGCUGCCGGACUGGCCCUCAUCGGCAGGAACUCACUGGUCGUCACACAGAAUGAGCACGACCCCUCGAGAGAUGCGCAGUUCUGCUACGUUUGAUCUAAACCGGUACGAGACACCUACACCGUUUGCGUCUCCUCGAAUACGUUCCCCAAUUCCGUCUCGAGGACAGCUUCUGGACGUCCCCAACUCUUAUGCGCCGCUUUACAUGGACACAGUACCGCACCUAGGCAGUAAUCCUCUGGCUCAACACAUUUUUCCAGCACCCCCCUCCAGAACCUCCAACUCGGGAGUGGCCAUCCUUAGAGUUAGAGGACAGAAGGACAUGGUGGAGUCCCAGAAAUUAAGCAACUGCCUGCCUCUCACCAGCCGCAACCACAUUCUCGAGAUCUAUCUCUCUACACAGCUACUGGUGGAUGCGGUUAAUCGAGAUGAGUGA